CGAGACUCGAGUUGGCUCUAGCUAGUCAUUAGUUACUAAUGUCACUAUCCUCGACAUCGACAAUCAAGAACCAGCUCAAUGCCGCUCUGGGGCAGAAGGCCCCAGCCUAUUUUGAAACCCUCAGCCAGUUUGUUUCUGGCAAGGUAUCCAGGAUAGAAUUUGACGAAUCCGUUCGCCAGGCGCUGGAUGCUCCGAAUUUAGUCCAGCUACACAACUCCCUUAUCAUCUCGUUGUUUGACUUCACCGUGCACCGUCGACUACCCACACCCCCUCCUGAUGUAUCGAAGCCGCCACCACGUAAACGUCGUCGAACGUUGCCUUACCAAGGUCCGGAUGACAAUGAUGAUACUUUGCGAUCAUCGAGACUUAAGCGGUGGACUGUGUCUCUGGGAAAGCGCGAACGCGACCGCAUACGAACACUGCAAUCUGUUCCCAGUGAACGUCCGAGACCUCGGAAAGACACUGAUGAGAUAGCGCGCGAUAGAGGGGUGUUCUUGUUAGGCGAGCGUGGAGAUGCGCCUGGCAGUCGCAUGCCCUUGCAUCUUGCAUCGGUCUCAAGAGCUCCGACAUUACAACAUAUUUCGGAUAGAGUUAAUCUCAUAGCAGCACAACAUAACCUCGGCGCGCCAUCACGAGCUGUAGCAUCGCUAUUGAUGCUUGCAUUUGAGGCCAAACUGAAGCAACUCAUAACACAUGCGCUUUCUCUUACUUCGACGUCACAUGCUAUCGCUUCCAUAACUCCAUCCACACGCCACUCACAUAGCCGUGUCCUCACUGCAUCGUCUUUUGAUACCCUAUUCACACUUUCACCUGCCGUGCUGCCGAAUAAAUCAGCCGCGGCUAUGCGCCUAGCUAUUGGCGACAACGACAUUAUGGAUGAUGAAGAUGUUAUCUUACUAAAGGAUCGAGAGGUCCGAGAUCAGCGAUGGCAGAUACUUGCUCUGCUUGCCGAACGAAGCACAGUCAACGAAGCCCUUAGGAAUCUCAGAUGACAGCCGCCUUUCUCUGUCAUUUAAUUGCUGCACGUUACUUGCCACCCAGUCAUUCCACUAGUACACCAAGGAUUCGAAGGCUAAACUUCUUUUAUGUAUUAUACGGUAGCAUAAUUUACCAAAUAAUGGUCUUGACUAGGGUGCAGUCAGACUAUGAUAUCCUGAUGAAUUACAUUCAGUAGACCAUCUACAAAAUAUAAGCUUUGAUACAAUGUU